GGAAGAGUUGCUCAACGCCCUUGAGGAAAGCAGCACUGUCGGAGCCUAGACUCUCAGGGAGGGAGGGACUUCAAAACUGAAACCUCCAAGGUGAAGUGAGCAGCUCGGCCGGCUGGGGGAGGCUUCCUUGCAGCACAGCAGCGGCGGGACAGUCUGAAUGCUGCGGUCAUGGAGAGCACGUUUGGAAAGCAGCAUUCUCCCGGGAGGGCUGAGGGACGGCUGAAGGAGAGCCCGGCAGGUCACUUCACUUCCAUCGCGCCGAGGGACUUAGGGCAACGGUGCUGCAUCGCCUACGGGGGCUUCGGGAAGGUUUACAAAGUCUGGCACCGCUCCUGGGGGAUCUGGGUCGCAGUCAAGUUGCUCAGACUGAACGGGAGUGACAAAAAGGAGUUGUUGGAGGAAGCAAAGAAGAUGUAUCGAGCACAAUUUGAGCAUAUCCUUCAGUUGUAUGGAGUUGUGGAAAAUAUGAUGGAUAGACAUCCAUCAUUGGGAUUGGUAACAGAAUUCAUGGAGGUCGGAUCAUUGGAUAAACUCCUGAAGAACUAUGAUGUCCCUUGGCCUCUCCGUAUGCGUUUUGCAUAUGAAAUUGCUUUAGGAGUCAACUACCUACAUAACCUGGAGCCAGCUCUCUUUCACCAUGACUUGAAACCUGCCAAUAUUGUAUUGAAUAAUGACUAUCGUGUGAAGAUCUGUGAUUUUGGCCUGGCCAAAUGGCGCCAGUCCACAGGGCAGUACAGCUAUCAGAGCAGCAAAUGUGCGGGCACACUGAGUUAUAUACCACCUGAAUGCUUCGAGAACAUCAAUGCCAGCCAUGGUGCGAAGUUUGAUGUGUACAGCUAUGGAAUUGUCAUCUGGGUGAUAAUAACUCGCCAAGAGCCUUACGAAAAUGCUGUAAAUUCUCAGCAAAUGCAACUCUGUGUGAAAAAGGGUGACAGGCCGGACUGUGAGGCGAUUCCCAAAGAUCUACCAGAACCAGCUGAAGAACUUGUUUCCCUGAUGAAGAGGUGUUGGCAUUCAAAUCCCGAUGAACGGCCACCCUUUUUAAAGUGCAUUCAGGAUUUGAAGCUACACCAGCCAAAUGAGCAGGACGUUCGAAAUGCAAUCCAGGUCCUGGCAGAAAAGAAGUCGCAGUCUGCGUGCAGAGGUUCUGAUUCGCCAACGGCAGGAUAUGGUGAAAACAACAACUUCUUCUGUGAAUCAGUGGAGGAACAGGACGGGGACAUCAACUUUGUCGAACCGGUAGAGGAACAGGACGGGCCCAUCAACUUUGUCAAACCAAUUCAGGAACAGAAUGGGCCCGUCAAAGUUGAUGGAAGAGUUAAGGAACAGCAUGGGCCCAUCAGAGCUGUUGAACCAAGGCAGGACACCAGCCAAGAGGAAACUGUAAAGCGCCCUUUCUCCAUUCCCAAUUCAGAUGAAUGUAUAAUAUUAGCCAUCUCGGUCAACAAAGACUGGAAAAUGAUUGGCAGAAAGUUGGGGUUGACCGACAAUGAUAUCUGUAUCAUUGAUGCUGACUGUGAUAUGGAAGGCUUGAAGGAGAAAGCUUACCAGAUGUUUCAGAAGUGGAUACAGAAGCAGGGGAAACAUGCCACUCGACAAGCAUUAUUCAAGAAUCUUAAGAUGAUGGAGAGGUCCGAUGUGGCGAUGCACUUGUUGGAUGAUACUGUGACAGGGUCUUAGACUUGCUGUCUGCCCUCAUUUCUGAUGAGCUUGUAGAAGACAUUUUUAACUCCUUUGUAUUUUUGUUUCACAUCAAAUGGAUGUUGAGUCUUGUGUUAUAAAUUGUGUUACAGCCAAGAGAAGCUUGGAGGGAAAUUCCACAUAACUUCCAAUAAGACAUGUGAAUGAGGUAAGAAAAAGAUGCCAUGCUUGCUUGGCCUUAAUGGAAGUUUUGUGGAAUUUUCCUCCAACCUUCUCUUGGCUGUAAACAGUUUCAAGGAAUUGUAAUGUUUCAGCUGGCAAUAGUCUCUCCUCAGGGAAUGUGUUGACCUAGGCCUUGGUACUGCCCCCUGCAACUAGAUCCUCAGCUUCCUGACCCACACACCGCAAUCGGUGAAGAUAGGUAACUGCUCCUCCUCCAGAAUAACCCUCAACACUAGGGCCCCCCAAGGAUGCAUUCUCAACCCCCUAUUGUACUCCCUGUAAACCCACGACUGUUUUGCCAAAUUCCGAACGAACACCUCUGUAGGUUUGCUGAUGACAUCACCAUGGUAGGGCAUCCAACAACAAUGAGUCAGAAUACAGAAGGGAGAUAGAGGCC